AAAGAAGAUUUCACCGGCUUUAUUGAUAAACAAAAUAUCGAGCGAAAUUGUGCGAUUACCUGAGUGACAAGCUACAGUUGCGUCUGUUCUAUACGUAGCUUAUAUCAAAGCAGCCAAGAUGACGACUGUUUCGUAUCAAAUCGCUGGUUUGAUCGACAAGAUGAAGUCGGCUGAUAAGGAUUUCCGGUUCAUGGCCACCAAUGAUCUCAUGGUGGAACUGCAGAAAGAUUCAAUCAAGCUUGAUGAUGACAGCGAACGAAAGAUUGUCCAGAUGUUGCUGCGGUUGUUGGAAGAUAAGAACGGCGAGGUCCAGAACCUGGCUGUCAAGUGCCUUGGUCCAUUGGUAAACAAGGUGAAAGAGUUCCAGGUAGAGACGAUUGUUGACACGCUGUGCACCAACAUGCUGUCAGAGAAAGAGCAACUCCGUGAUAUCUCGAGUAUUGGCCUCAAGACAGUCAUCAGUGAGCUGCCGCCAUCGUCCACCGUUCUCGCUGGCAACAUCUGUAAGAAGAUUACAAGUCGACUGACCAGUGCCAUAACUAAGCAAGAUGACGUCCCUGUACAGCUUGAAGCGUUGGAUAUCCUGGCUGAUCUGCUUAGUCGUUAUGGCGGCCUUCUCGUUAACUUCCACCAGUUCAUCCAGCAGGCUUUACUGCCCCAGUUAGCAAGUCAGCGCCUCGCGGUCAGGAAAAGGUCCAUCAUUGCCCUAGGUUUCUUGGUGCAGAGUUGUAACAGCGUGUUAUUCCAGGAGUUGAUCGAGUUUCUGUUACGGGAGCUGAACAAGAACACAAACAUCUCAACCACGAGGACUUACAUCCAGUGCAUCGGAGCAAUCAGUCGUCAGGCAGGGCACAGAAUCGGUGAAUACCUCGAGAAGAUCGUCCCGAUAGUCAUGAAAUUCUGCCAAGUUGAGGACGAUGAGUUACGGGAGUUCUGUAUCCAGGCAUUUGAGUCUUUCAUCAGGCGGUGUCCCAAAGAGAUCCAUAGCCAUAUUCCACCGAUCACGACCAUCUGCCUGAAAUACCUGUGUUACGACCCUAACUAUAACUAUGACGAUGAGGAUGAGGAUGAUGCCAUGGAUGCAGAUGAUGGGGACGAGGAUGGAGAGAGUGAUGAUGAGUAUAGCGAUGACGAUGACAUGAGCUGGAAAGUACGACGAGCAUCGGCUAAAUGUCUCGAUGCGAUUGUAGGAACGCGGCAUGAGAUGUUGACAGAGUUUUACAAGACCAUCUCACCUGCUUUGAUUGGACGAUUCAAAGAACGAGAAGAAAAUGUGAAGGCUGACAUUUUCCACGCUUACAUCACUUUAUUGAAACAGACGAAACCAGCAGUCGCGUCUGAUCCUGACGCCAUGGAUGAGGACCAGAGUCCGGUCAGCCUCCUUCAGUAUCAGAUCCCCCAGAUCGUCAUGGCCAUCAACAAACAGCUGAAGGAGAAGAGCAUCAAGACUCGCCAGGGCUGCUUCACGUUACUGACGGAGCUUGUCAUGGUCCUGCCUGGAGCGUUAACUGAUCACAUCCCUGCUCUCAUUGGUGGAAUCAAGUUUUCCCUGGGGGAUAAGACAUCGAGCUCCAACAUGAAGAUUGACACAUUGGCGUUCAUGUACUGUCUAUUGGUCCACCACAGCCCGACAGUCUUUCAUCAACACAUCUCGGAUCUUGUGCCACCCAUCGUCAUCGCCGUCGGUGAUCCGUUCUAUAAAAUAACCUCCGAGGCUUUAUUGGUGACACAACAACUCAUCAAGGUCAUUAGGCCUUUAGAUGUGAAAGUGCAGUUCAACUAUGCCCCGUACGUGAAGGAUCUGUACAAGUGCGCCCUCCACCGGCUGAUGGCAGCCGACAUUGACCAAGAGGUGAAGGAAAGAGCCAUCUCGUGCAUGGGUCAGAUCAUCUGUAACGUAGGAGACACGCUGACAUCCGAGAUGAAAACAUGCUUGCCAAUCUUUAUGGAGAGGUUGAAGAAUGAAAUCACCAGGUUAACGACCGUCAAGGCUCUCACCAUCAUCGCAGGUUCACCACUGAAGAUUGACUUGACGCCAGUCUUGGGCGACGCCAUCCCAAUCCUGGCCUCAUUCCUCCGCAAGAAUCACCGAGCCCUGAAGCUCUCCACGUUGACGUGCCUGGAUGUGUUCUGUAAGAAUUACGGCAGCUCAGUGACGUCACAGAUGGUGAAUGAGAUCAUGAAAGAGGUUCCACCACUGAUUAGCGACAGUGAUUUACAUGUUUCACAGCUGAGUAUGACUCUCCUGACGUCAAUUACCAAGGUGCACAGAGCCUCAAUGUCCAGCAUCCAGAACCUCAUCCUACCGCAGAUCCUCGUAUUAGUACGGUCACCGCUCCUCCAGGGCGGCGCUCUACUCGCUAUGCUCGAGUUCUUCCAGGCACUUGUUUCAUCUGGCGCGCCUGGGUUAGGAUUUAAAGAACUUAUUCAGAUGUUACUCUACCCGAUCUAUGACCCGAACCAUUCAGCGCAGCCACCCAACACAAACCUGGCGGUCCACAAACAAGCGUUCCACUCUAUUGCUAAGUGUGUUGCCAUGCUGACCAUAACGUGUCAGUCUGAGGCAACGGCCGUUGUCCGCCAGUUCAUCAGGGACAUCAAGAAUCCAAAGUCGACGGAUUCCAUCCGAUUAUUCAGUUUAUUGAGUAUCGGAGAAAUAGGCAAGAAAAUAGAUCUUAGUGCACAUGGAGACCUAGAACAGGUGAUCAUGGAAGCCUUCUCGUCCCAAAAUGAAGACGUCAAAACAGCUUCAUCUUAUGCUUUAGGUAAUAUAAGUGUUGGUAACUUGACGCGGUUCCUUCCGUUCGUCCUCGACGAGAUCAAGAAACAACCAAAGAGACAAUAUCUUCUCCUUCACUCACUUAAAGAGAUCAUCAGUUGUCAGUCUGGUAGCUCAUCAACGAUCCAUGCUCUACAGCCGUAUGUGGAAUCCAUCUGGAAUCUUCUCAUCAGCCAUUGCGAGUGUUCAGAGGAGGGCACACGCAAUGUGGUGGCCGAGUGCCUCGGAAAGUUAACGCUCAUCGACCCAGCUCCUCUCCUUCGUAGACUGAAGAGCUACCUGUCGUCACCAUCGCCAAUGACGAGAAGUACUGUUGUGACGGCCGUCAAAUUUACAAUUUCAGAUCAUCCUCAGCCAAUCGAUCAACUCCUGAAGGCCAGCAUGGGCGACUUCCUCCAGACACUGCAGGAUUCGGAUCUAAACGUACGACGUGUGGCGUUAGUCGCUUUCAACUCGGCAGCUCACAACAAACCAGUUCUUAUUCGCGAUUUACUCGACAGUGUGCUACCUCAUUUGUACGAGGAAACGAAGAUUAGGAAGGAGCUUAUUCGUGAAGUAGAAAUGGGUCCGUUCAAACACACGGUCGAUGAUGGUCUCGAUAUUCGAAAGGCUGCGUUCGAGUGCAUGUACACGUUGUUGGAUUCCUGCCUCGACCGUAUUGACAUUUUUGAAUUCUUAAACCACGUCGAAGAAGGCCUGAAAGAUCACUAUGAUAUUAAGAUGUUGACGUACCUUAUGUUAGUGAGAUUAGCUCAUCUGUGUCCUAAUGCUAUGUUACAACGACUCGAUCGCCUGGUCGAACCCCUGAAGACAACAUGCACGGCAAAGGUCAAGGCCAACUCGGUAAAACAGGAAUUUGAAAAACAAGACGAGUUGAAGCGUUCGGCGAUGAGAGCUGUGGCGUCACUUUUAACAAUAUCAGAUGCGGAAAAAAGUCUGCAGAUGACGGAAUUUCUCUCGCAGAUCAAAUCGAACCCGGAGCUGAACUACAUGUUCGAAAACGUCCAAAAAGACGCAGCAUCGAGUGGGUCGGAUGUGUCUCUUAUGGAGACUAAUUACGGAGAUAGUCGUGGAGCGGUGGGAGUUACCAAGCGUGAAUUCUAAAUUCCUCAGCUUAUGUGUUUAUUACCAAGCUUGACUCUUUUUGAAUCAGACUUUGAACUUUUCAGUGAUCUACUGUGAACCAGCCUAUUCCUCUAAGCCCAUAUUGGAAAAUGUUAACUGUUUUAUUAUCACAGUUUAGGAGGCAAACAUGAAUAUUAAAAUCUCUGAUAGAUUAACCAUUCCACUUUUGAGCAAACGCAGAAUUUUGAAAAUGAAAACGUUGACCAUGUUAAAAUUCGAUGGAAUGUUUAGUGAUUGAGGUAGCUAUAUAUUGGUAGAGUUACAAGCCGAUCUUGAAAUGGUGUUUUAAACCAGCAAUUCACUAACAGUUCACACAAACAGUUGUUCCGCAAUAAUAAGGAGGUUCACAGUGUGGCUUGUAAGAGUCACACAGCUAAAAUAUGUGCAACUUUUUAAAUAUUGUAUGUGCUAUUGGUUAAACCGUCAGCUAAAGCUGAUUCUACCGUUUCAUGUGGGGUUAUUUGAGGAUUAGGUGACCUUCCAGGAAGGUUGUCCAGAUUACUCUCACUCACUUAUUACUUGAUUGUUAGAUGUCUAAAACAACGCUAUAAAGUCCUAAUCGAAGUUUGUCCCAGCAAAAAUAGUUGGCACGGAAAGGCUGAGGGUGAAUUCUUACUCAAUCACGGACUAAAGGGGGUCAACAAUAAGGGGGGAAAGGGGGACGUGUCCUGUCAUUCUAAGCCAAAUCCGAUUAAACCUGAAUCCCGCUUAAGUUAACAUGUCUAGCUCCAGACCAUUCCCCUCUAAACAUGACCAGUAUUCACCCGCGCAUGACUGAAUAUUGUGUUACUGUUGGUUGGCGUUUGGUGUAUAAAUGUGUCCAGAGCAUUGAAAAGAAAUGUGUUCACCUGUCAGUCAGAGUUGGAAUAGGUGAUGUAAUUUGUGAAAAUAAAGCGGUUGUAAAUAGAAA